UUGUGGUGCAUGGCUGUGUUUGCAGAGAUCUCUGAUCACAUCUGAUAUUCUGCUUCUUUCCCAGCCCUCCCUCCGCAUAUACUGGAUUCUGACAAUGACUGUGUAUGAGCAGCUAUGGAUCUUGCCAUCCUGAUGGUGUCUGUGCUAGGAUCCUGUGUGUGAAUCAGCUGAUCUGCUUACUGGGGAGCUGCAUGCAGAGAGCACCAGCCAAGGCUCUCACAUCUCAUGCCUAUCCCAUCUCUGUGAUAUUGCAGAUUCACUGGGGAGUGGGGCUAACUGCAGUCCUCAGGCACACAUACAAAAAGGAGAUUUUUGGUGGAUCUUAGUGCAGCUGCUUUUGGUGGAUUUCUUGUAAACACUGCAUAUUGUUUAAUUCUUUUAUUUGGAUUUACCCAAUACUGAAAAAUGGAGGCUGUGAUUGAAAAGGAGUGCAGUGCUCUGGGGGGGCUCUUCCAGACUAUCAUCAGCGAUAUGAAGGGAAGUUAUCCAGUUUGGGAAGAUUUUAUAAACAAAGCAGGGAAGUUGCAGUCCCAACUACGGACCACGGUAGUCGCAGCUGCUGCUUUUUUGGAUGCUUUUCAGAAGGUGGCUGACAUGGCAACAAACACACGUGGUGCUACGAGAGAAGUUGGUUCUGCAUUAACCAGGAUGUGUAUGAGACAUCGUAGCAUUGAGUCCAAGCUCCGGCAGUUCUCCAGUGCAUUGAUUGAUUGUCUCAUCAACCCACUGCAAGAACAGAUGGAAGAAUGGAAGAAAGUUGCCAACCAGUUGGACAAGGAUCACGCAAAAGAAUACAAAAAGGCUCGUCAAGAAAUCAAAAAGAAGUCAUCAGAUACACUAAAGUUACAGAAGAAAGCUAAGAAAGGCAGAGGAGAUAUACAGCCUCAGUUGGACAGCGCCCUUCAAGAUGUCAAUGAUAAGUACUUGUUGCUCGAAGAGACGGAGAAGCAAGCGGUGAGGAAAGCACUAAUUGAGGAACGCGGACGUUUCUGCUCCUUCAUCUCCAUGCUGAGACCUGUUAUAGAAGAAGAAAUCUCGAUGCUGGGAGAGAUAACUCAUUUGCAGACCAUAUCCGAAGACCUUAAGACUCUCACUAUGGAUCCACACAAACUGCCUUCUGCCAGUGAACAGGUGAUUCAUGACCUUAAAGGCUCAGACUACACUUGGUCCUACCAGACUCCUCCAUCCUCUCCUAGUACUACCAUGUCUAGGAAGUCCAGCGUAUGCAGCAGUCUGAACAGCGUUAACAGUAGUGACUCCAGAUCGAGUGGCUCCCACUCACACUCACCCACUUCACACUAUCGCUAUCGCAGCUCCAAUCUGCCCCAGCAGGCCCCUAUGAGGCUGUCCAGUGUGUCAUCACAUGACUCCGGCUUCAUUUCCCAGGAUGCCUUUCAGUCAAAGUCUCCAUCCCCUAUGCCGCCUGAAGCUCUCAACCAGAAUUCAUCCAGUUCGGCAUCGUCUGAAGCUUCUGAAACUUGCCAGUCAGUGAGUGAGUGCAGUUCCCCUACGUCUGUGAGUUCCGGUUCUACCAUGGGAGCAUGGGCGUCUACUGACAAGCUGUCUAAUGGGUAUUAUCACUGUAGUUUGUCCGGUGACCUGGCCUCAGUUGGUGCAGGUCCAUUCACACAUUUCCCAUCUCCCAUCUCUCGCCCCUGGAACCGCACUAGUUCCGUCUCAGAAUGCCAUCACUAUUACACCAUUGGGCCAGGCAUGUUACCAUCAUCUAAGAUCCCCGCCUGGAAGGACUGGGCUAAGCCAGGUCCAUACGACCAGCCGCUGAUGAACACCCUCCAGAGACGCAAACGUGAGGUAGACCCUGCAGGAAGUGCCCAAAAUACAACUGCAGGACUAAUCAACGAUGUCUCAGCUCCAAGGAACGUACCUACAGCAUCCAGGCAGGGAGAGGAAGGAGAAGCUUGUGAUGAUCUGGCUCUUGCACUGAAUAGAGGUUUGCAGCUAGAUACGCAGAGAAGCAGCAGAGACUCACUACAGUGCUCCAGCGGUUACAGCACCCAGACUACAACUCCAUGUUGUUCUGAGGAUACCAUCCCAUCCCAAGUUUCAGAUUAUGAUUACUUCUCAGUAAGUGGUGAUCAGGAAGCAGAUCAGCAGGAUUUUGACAAAUCAUCUACCAUCCCAAGAAACAGUGACAUAAGCCAAUCGUAUAGGAGGAUGUUUCAAGCCAAGCGUCCAGCAUCCACUGCAGGACUGCCUGCCACCUUUGGACCAGUAAUUGUCACCCCAGGAGUGGCAACCAUUAGAAGGACCCCAUCCACCAAACCAUCUGUUAGACGUGGCACCAUAGGAGGAGGUCCUAUUCCAAUAAAAACACCAGUCAUUCCGGUUAAAACCCCAACAGUGCCGGAUAUUCCAGGAGGUCUACCCAGCAACACAAUCCAGGAUUAUGGGGAACAAAGUCCUGAGUCUCCAUCUGCUGUUGAAAGUGUGGUGCUUACAGGCGACAUGCCUUCCUCACUGUGGAGUGGCCAGGCCUCCGUCAAUCCUCCAGGAGCAUCUCCACCAGGUGCUGUCACUGAAGAGCAGAGACAACCAAGACCAGAAAUUGAAGAUGAAGAGGAGCAUCAAAAUGCUUCCCAAACACCAGAAACAACAAGCCAGGUGGAGGUCGAGGCUACAGAACCAGGAGAUCCUAUUCAAGGAGAAGACAUGCUGAAUGCAAUUCGUCGUGGUGUCAAGCUGAAGAAGACUACUACUAAUGAUCGCUCAGCUCCUCGGCUCUUGUAAGCAAGGAUAAGUAACAAAGUAGUGCACAGACAAGAGCACCCUAAGACUUGGAUUUUAUCCACUCCAGUCUGUGAUCAGAUGAUUUUGUUGAAGCAUACACAGGGUUGAUGAACAUUCACUUAAAAUGACACAAAAUAAAACUGUGUAGCAAAGCAACCUUAAUAUAUCUUAAUGUUCCAGUCUGUAAAUAGUGAUUUUAUUUCUGCACAUUCUUAAUCUCGUUUCUUUUUUCCAUUCUGUAUUUUUACUUUUUUUUUCAUAAAGUGCCAAAUUCCCAUUUAAAUUUUUAUAAGCCUUUGUAAAUUUUAAAUGCUUCAGAUGGAAAAAGCAAGAGUAGAGGGAUUUCCUUCGAUGAAAGGACUGGUAUGUUUUUGGCUUUUUUUGCAAGCUUUUAUAGAGCACAUUGUAUCACAGAAACUAAACAACGCAACAUUUUUGACUUAUUGUUUUCAUACACAAAAAGUAAUGAUUACGUAUUUUUUUCAUUAUCCAUUUUUUUUUUUUAAAAUAAGCAGUUUUAAAUUAUUAAUGAUUAAAAGCAAUAUAAUAAUAAACAUUUGAAUUCGUAGCAUGUAACAAGGGGUUUGGGGGUUAAAGAAUGCAAUUAGAAACACCGUUCUACGCAAUUGUAUCAAUAUCAUCGUUUCAUUGCUAGUAAAAUCACAUGCAUCAAAACAAGCCAUACUCAAUUGAAGUGUUCCUGUUUUAUAGUGUUUUGAGCAUAUUAUCCUUUUUUUUGUUUUGUUUUUUUAAAUAUAGUGCAGUGAGGUGAGUGAUAGGAUGUUGCCGAGCAACACAAUGCAGUCUCCUUCCUGCAUUAAGUUUUUUUUUUCUUCAAAGCACUCUUUAUUUUUUUGUGUGCUCACAUUAGUUCACUGAAUACUAACAGAACAAAGAAAUAGUUAUAAUGAUGAGGAAUAUAAUAAUACAAAAAAAAAAAUAAAGAAAAUGGCUAAGGCAAAUAUAAAGAUAUUUUAAAACCGUAGUAGGGAGUUCUUAUGUAUAAGAAAUGCUUAUUCACAUAAGUGCCCAGCUGGCUGGGUAGCAUUAUAUUGUCCAAGAGUCAAAUAUUAUAAAAAAGCAUGGCAGUGUUAAUCAUUGUGGAGGUGGUAAUAAGGUUUUUUUUUUGUUUGUUUGUUUUGCCCUUUUUUCUUUUUUUUCUUCAAAACACAGUUUUUUUGUUUUAGAUUUUGAAGUGAGACACAUAUUGGUAAUGAACUAAAGGAAGGCAAAACCGGCUAAUUAUUGUUAAGAUUCCAUUUUAAAGCCCUUUGUUCUUCUGUGUAAUGUAUUUUACGGAAUGUUUAUUGAUAGAAAAUAGUAUCAGAGAUUCUUUUAAUUUAAUAUAUAUAUAUAUAUCUCCUAUUAAUGAAUAAAUAAAAACAAUU